AGGCAGGCGCUGUUGUACAUACAUUGCAGUGCAUGUGAGCGGUACCGCCGCUGUUAAUACUGUAGGGGGGCCUGUUGCUCUAAAGCUGGACGUUUGAAUACAACAGCGCGCCCUCGUUGAACGCACAACCUUUUUUUCUUCAACUUUUUCCCCCCUUCACGGCUUCUCGCAGCCUAGCUGCUGUUAUUAAGGCAGUAAAGAAAGGAAGUGGCGACAGGCUAGCUGGUUAGCCAACCAGUAAGCGUCCAAUUACCCUGUGACAAAUUGUACUUUUGAACAUCUAUUACCCCGGAGUGUUGAAACGCCUCUCCUUUGUGUCGCCGAGGCAUACGAGGAAGACACUUUUUUUUUGUCGGCUCGUGUUAUCGUGUUAUAUUUGUGAGUUUCCGCGCCGGUUUCAAGCUCGUUGUCUCAUCUUUGUCCGUAUCCGGCGUUAGCCCUCCCACAGACUUCCAAGUCAGGUUUUGACCAAAUCGCCAACAAAAAGGACACGGAUAUACGAGCGAACUGAUCAUUUCUAUCAGUCGCUUUAAUAUUGAGGAAUACAGUGACGAGCAACACAAUGAGACAAGCUGCGAGGAAAGGUGCUAUGUGGUGAGAGACGGACAGUGGUUGCGGCAUGCUGAGGCAACACCCUCUGACUCAGGAUGAGUGUCAGAGAUGGCGAUGCCGCCGUAGCAUCGAGUGUAGGUGGGGUAAGGAGGGGAGCAGGUCUACUAACGAGCACGAACGAUAACAACGGACGCUCAUACCUGCUCCAGAUCUAUCCACGGCUCGCUGCUGAGUCAUCCACCUGCUGCAAUCUGAGAGUGAAGAAGGAUGCCACCGCAGCUUCUGUGAUCUCUGAUGCUGCCAAGGCACUGGGGCUGGACCCUGGCGGCCUGUAUGUACUGGCAGAGGUUAAGGAAUCUGGCGGGGAAGAGUGGGUGCUGGAGGCUGGAGAUCUUCCGGUGCAAAGGUUCUUGCUGUGGCCUCGGAAAGCCCAGGAGCAGCACCCGCGGAGCCUUGGUUUUUACUUCUUACUCCAGGAAAGAAACAACGACGGCUCUAUUCAUUAUGUCCACCUCCCACCCCUGUCCAAAGAGCAGGAGGCACAACAACUAGCUGCCAGGGGUUUCCUUCCGCCUCCUCAGGAUGACUUUGCGGAUCUCUGCAACCUCCCCAAACUCAAUGAAGACAGUAUCCUAAACAACCUGCGCACACGCUUCUACAAUAAAAAGAUCUACACCUACGCAGGCAGUAUACUCAUUGCCAUCAACCCAUUCAAAUUUUUGCCAAUCUACAACCCAAAGUAUGUCAAACUGUACGAAAACCACCAGUUGGGCAAACUGGAGCCACACAUCUUUGCUAUUGCGGACGUGGCUUAUUAUGCCAUGCUAAGGAAGAAGGUCAACCAGUGUAUUGUCAUCUCUGGAGAGAGCGGCUCAGGCAAGACACAAAGUACCAACUUUCUCAUCCAUUGUCUGACCGCACUCAGCCAGAAGGGUUAUGCUAGCGGUGUGGAGAGGACUAUACUUGGUGCAGGACCAGUCUUGGAGGCCUUUGGAAAUGCAAAGACAGCCCACAAUAACAACUCCAGCCGUUUUGGUAAAUUCAUCCAGGUCAAUUACCUUGAGACCGGAGUGGUAAGAGGUGCUGUGGUGGAGAAAUAUCUCUUGGAGAAGUCUCGUCUGGUCUCCAGAGAGAAGAACGAGAGGAACUAUCAUGUGUUUUACUACCUGUUGUUGGGAGCUUCUGCGGAGGAAAGGAAAGAAUUUAAGUUGUUGCCACCUGAAGACUACUUCUACCUUGAGCAGCAAAACUUUAAGAUAGAAGAUGAAGAGGACCUGCAUCAUGACUUUGAAAGACUACAGCAGGCCAUGGAGAUGGUUGGCUUCCUUCCUGCUACCAAGAAACAGAUUUUUUCUGUGCUUUCGGCCAUUUUGUAUCUUGGCAACGUGACCUACCAGAAGAAGUCAACAGGUCGAGAUGAGGGCUUAGAGGUGGGGCCACCAGAGGUCCUGGCCACUCUGUCUGACCUGUUGAAGGUGAAAGAGGAGCUGCUCGUCGAGGCGCUGACGAAGAGGAAAACGGUGACAGUCAAUGACAAGUUGAUCCUGCCCUAUAGCCACUCUGAGGCAAUCACAGCCAGAGAUUCAAUGGCAAAAUCUUUAUACAGCGCCUUAUUUGACUGGAUUGUCCUACGCAUUAAUCAUGCACUUCUUAACAAGAGAGACAUGGAAGAAUCGGUCCCACGCUUGUCAAUCGGUGUCCUGGACAUAUUUGGCUUUGAGGAUUUUGAGACCAACAGCUUUGAACAAUUUUGCAUCAACUAUGCAAAUGAGCAGCUACAGUAUUAUUUCAAUCAUCACAUAUUCAAUCUGGAGCAGGAGGAGUACCAAGCAGAGGGAAUCACUUGGCACAACAUUGACUACAUAGACAAUGUGGGCUGCAUCAAUCUCAUCAGCAAGAAGCCCACUGGCCUGCUUUACCUGCUGGAUGAGGAGAGCAACUUCCCUCAUGCCACGGAUGAGACCCUAUUAGCCAAAUUCAAGCAGCAGCAUCAGGGAAAUAAUUACUUUAUGUCCCCACCAAUCAUGGAGCCUGCUUUUGUCAUUCAACAUUUUGCUGGCAAAGUUAAAUAUCAAAUCAAGGAUUUCCGGGAAAAAAACACAGAUCAUAUGCGUCCGGACAUUGUGGCGUUAUUGCGGAGCAGUGACCGAGCGUACGUGCGUCAGCUCAUUGGCAUGGACCCUGUGGCCAUGUUUCGAUGGGGCAUCUUGCGUGCCACUAUCAGAGGCAUGGCUGCCUUUAACGAGGCCGGUCGUUCAUGGGCGGCCAAGACUGCAGGUGUUGUACGUCCAAUCUCCAGAACUCCUUUGGGAGAGAUUCAACGGGCCAAUGCUCCCAUAGAGCGACUUUACAAAAGAGCGUCUAUGCUCGAUUUCUACUUUGAUCUCUCAGAGGAGCGCCCUCUUGAGGCCUUUGAAGACAUCUUUGCUAGCUAUGAAAGUAAAAAAGACAUGCAUGCGCAGAUCAUCAGCUCCAUUAAGAACUUGCAGCUGGAUGGUGAGGACCCUCGCAAGUUGCUGCAGUCCUGGGGUCGUCUCCGCUUCCCUCGACAUGUCCUCCAGAAAAACAAGGGAACUAAACAGAAGCAGAUUAUCCCCAAGAACCUGUUGGAUUCUCGGUCCCUGAAAUUCAUUGUAAGCCUGACUCUACACGACCGGACCACCAAGUCGCUUCUCCAUCUGCACAAAAAGAAGAAGCCCCCAAGCAUCAGCGCCCAGUUCCAGACAUCGUUGACCAAACUCUUGGUAACUCUGAACAGAGCGGAGCCCUUCUUUAUUCGCUGUAUCCGAUCCAAUGCACAGAAGAAAGAGAUGUAUCUAGAUGAGGCCUUGGUUAUCCAGCAGCUCCGUUACACUGGGAUGCUGGAAACUGUUCGAAUUAGGAGGUCUGGCUAUGGAGCCAAAUACACAUUCCAGGAAUUCCUAGAGCAAUUCAGGGUUUUGUUACCAAAGGACUCCAUUGCUUCUAAUGAAGACAUUUCUGCUUUACUGAAUAAGAAGAUGUGCUUGGAUCCCACCACAUACCAGAUAGGCAAAACUAAGGUGUUUUUAAAAGAACUGGAGCGGCAACAACUGCAGGACACAUUGCACAAGGAUGUGAUGCGCAAAAUCAUCUUUCUGCAGCGCUGGUUCAGAGCUCGCCUACAGAGGAAAGAGUUUUUGGACAUGAGACAAUCAGCUGUCGUGAUUCAACGUUCAUGGCGCAGGUACUGCAAAGAAGAACAAAAGCGACGGGCUGCCAUUCUAAUCCAGGCUGUCUGGAAAGGCCACCGGCAAAGAUCAGCAUAUUGUCGCAAAAGACAAGGUGCCACAAAAAUACAAGCCCUGGUCAGAGGGCACUCGGCACGAAGGAGAUGCCACUCCCUGCGUGAGGAUCGACGCAGAAAGGAGGAAGAAAUAAAGAAAGCAGAAGAGGAAAGGAGGCGCCGGGAGGAAGAGGAGGAAAGGAGGGGACAGGAAGAAGAGGAAAUGAGGCUAAGAAUGGAGGCAGAGGAAAGAAGGAAAGCUGAAGAGGAGGAAAAAAGGAGGAGAAGAGAGGAGGAGGCAACCAUGAAAGCUAAAGCUGCGUUGGAAGCUACUGAGCUCAAACAAAGGGAGCAGGCAGAGAGGAAACCACCAAAGGAGCCCCAAACAAGAGAUGAUCCAGAUAUAGAACUGGUCACAGAGGAGAAGUUGUAUGACAGCCUGCCAGACCAGGAGCAAGGAGAGCACAAAGGGAAAGUUAUGUCAAUCUCCCACAAAGAGGAGGGACAGGGUAAGGAUGAGGAUGAAUCAGUGCUACUCCAAGCGCUACAAAGAGAGGAUGUACAACGACCUCUCAUGUCUAGUUUAGAGACCAAUGGUACUCUGGCUGAGGCUGGUUCUCAGCGAGAUGAAAAGGAAAAUGAUCCAAAACAUGGAUUGUUGUGUAUUGGGGACUCCUCCAAUGUUCUUGCACCUCCCACUUCUGGUUUGGAAAAGGCUUCCAGUACUACUUCUUCCUAUUCAGAACAUAAAUUAGUCCGUCCUUCAGCUAAGACUCAGGGAUCUAAAAGUCAGGAGAAGAGAGAGCAGAGGAGGCGGCGGGGGUUGGAGCACAACCAGAGAGAGACUUUACGAGCUGCCUCCAGCUCGUCCUCAGUGACAAGCAUGGCGCAAGGUUCUCCUCCAAAGGGCAAAACAUCUGAGACCUCAAAGCAAAGAGAGCGGGCCGACAACAAGGAGCUUGAUCAGUAUACCUUUGUUGCCUGGAAGAUGAAGGAAGAGAAAGGAGGAAAAAAGGAGCCCAAAUAUUCUUCGCAAUCCGGUGGGAUUGCUGUUCGUCCAACUACGUUGUCACUGCAACUGGCUGACUCUGUUCAUGAAAAAAAUCUGGUUGAUGGUGGAGCUUUGAGCCAGCACCGCAGCCAUGGAUCAAUCAAAGAUGAUCUGGAAAAGGGGAAGGGAAAACAAACUGGUGGAGACCAAGCUCCUUUAACUCACAACAGGGAGGAGAGAAGGUCAAAGUAUCCGCUAAGUCAAACACCCUCCUCCUCAAUUGACAGUCUUUCUCCAAGUUCUGAGGGUGCAGGUGCGCUCUUAACUAGAGAGAUGAUUUUGUCCCCUGAGAGCUACAAAGGAAGUUCCAUCAGGAGGAGAAACCAGGAAGACUCAACCACGCCAUCCACGCCAGACAGGUCAGGGGGUUUCUUUAGCAAGAUUUUGAAAAAGCGACCACACAAGGAGGCACACACUCCGGACAAUGGAGACUUGACACUUGCACAGGUUCUCAACGAAAAGCCACCAGCUGGAGAAGCCCCAGCAUCUGGACACUUGGCGAGACAUUUAUCACAGUCCCAAGGAGAACGUACCACGAAAAGUUUGGGACGUAAUCCAACCAUAAAGAUUAGCCGUGCCACACGUGUCUCUGAGCAGUGGAACACGUCCCUGGAUCGUGAGAUCACCAAUGCCAAUGAGUUGCGGCACCUUGAUGAGUUUCUGGGAAACCAGGUCAAUGAUUUCCGCUCAAGGGGAAAAUCACUGUCAGACACAGAGGGCAUCUUUGUAACGGCCACCAUGCAGUUCAGAGAGACAAUUAAGGCGAUGUAUUCUCUUCCUAAGCCAACAAUAGGCUACAAAGGUCUGAUGACAGGCUACCAGAACAAAGUGAUCCACCUGGCGGGUGACAAACAAAAAGGAGAAGUCCAGCUUGUGGUCAACCUGUUUCAGUCGGUGCUAGACGGCUUCAUUAGAGGAGAGAUGAAGAAAGAGGAAGCCGAGCCUGCCAAGCCCACGAAAGCAAGGAAAAAGCGACGGAAAAAAGAUAAAAGUAUGGAAAGCCACUUGGAUCACAUGUUCAUCAACUAUCAGGUUAACAUUAUGCAGUCAUGUGACCAGUGUACUUCUUACAUCUGGGGGAUGGAGAAAGCCUACAUGUGUAGCUAUUGUAAGAUGGUAUGCCACAAAAAGUGCCUGAGCAAAAUAACUACAGACUGUGCCACUUUCUGUGCCAAAAAGAGUGACGAGGAGUUUGGCGAUCAGCACUUUGGUGUGCACGUGUGCCACCUAGUGAGUGAGAAGAACCCUGUGCCCAUGGUCCUGGAGAUGAUGCUGGAGCACGUGGAGAUGCAGGGCCUCUACACCGAGGGCAUCUACCGAAAGUCUGGCUCAGCCAAUCGCAUGAAAGAACUGCACCAGCGACUGGAGAAUGACCCUCACCUAGUGUGCCUUGAAGAUUACCCAAUCCACACAGUUACAGGCUUGGUAAAACAGUGGCUCAGAGAGCUGCCAGACCCUCUCAUGACCUUCACACAUUAUAAUGAGUUCCUGCAUGCAGUAGAGCUUCCAGAUAAGCAGGAGCAACUUUAUGCCAUUUACAAAGUGCUGGAGGAGCUUCCAACAGCUAACUUCAACACACUGGAGAGGCUUGUCUUUCACCUCGUCAGGGUUUGUAAAGAGGAGACUAGCAACCGCAUGUCUCCUAACUCUUUGGCCAUUGUAUUUGCUCCAUGCAUACUGCGCUGUCCAGAUGGUGCUGACCCACUUCUAAGCAUGAAAGAUGUUGCCAAGACUACCACAUGUGUGGAGAUGCUGAUCAGUGAGCAGAUCAGACGAUACAAUGAAAAGAUGGAAGAAAUUGAGCAGCUGGAAUACGCAGAGGCUCUGGCUGUCAACCAGCUCAAACUCAAGAGACAGAAUACGCACUACUGGCAUUUACCUCUCAGGUUCUCAGCUCCUUACAAAGGAGUGGUGGUUCAUGAGAAGGUCAGUUCAGAUCUCAAAGCUGUUCCUGAGAACGAGCCACUGGACUCUGACUCGGAGGCUGAGAAGAACUUGGUUGAACGGAUAAAGUCCAUCAAACAGGAAAAGGAGGAUCUGGCCUGCCGAUUACCAGAGAUGGAGCAGCCCGGUUCAGACCAAGAGAACCUUGACUCUGAAGCGUCACUGAGCUCUGAAAGCCUCUUGGACGAGCAGCAGCGUUCUUUUGCUCAUAACUCUGAGCACGACGUUGGCUUUGGCCCUCAGCAGAGGAGAUGCAGGCCAGUGCAGAGACAAUCAUUUGGAUGUGCAUCUCUGCGAGAAAUCUCCCCUAGUGGCUCGUAUUCCUCUGUCUCCAGCUCAACCUCUACAAUGUCAGAACUCUCUAACGCUAGCUACAAACGCCCGUUACAACGCCGCAACCCUGUCAUCCCGGACACGGUUAAACUGCCUCCGGGUAUCCUCGACCAGCCAGUGAGCUCAGGUCCAAGGCGGGCCUCCUGCUCUCAUGGAAAGCGUGCUUUUCAAUGGUUGAGAAGAAAGGAGCAUCUGGGCCGUCGCAAAGACAGCACCCAGUCCCUCUACGUUGACUCCUCCGAGCAUGACCUGUAUACCCAUUUCGCAUCCUGCCCUUCUUUCCCUUCCUCUUCCUCCUCAUCCAUCUCCUCCGCAGCAGUGUCCUCCCUGCCAGUGCAAAGAGAGGCUAGCUUCGGAGGACUGUAGACGCUUUUCUGAUCCAAACAUACCUUACAUGGACGAUGAUGUCUGAACAGGAAGCAAAACGUUGGGUUUUGGGAGUUACACAGAUUACAAUCUGUGACAGUAAAUUUAACUGGACAUGUUGUCAUGCACCUUUUUUUUUAAAGCAUUUUUUUCCAAUAUCGUCCUUAUAGUUCAUUCAGGUCAGGGGUUGCUAGCCUCCUAUUAGUGGACCAGUAAUUGUCCCCCCCCUCCUCAUUUGUGCUAAUUUAAGCUCCCAGUUGCACUUUGUCAUUUCUUAGUUCUCUGAAUGAAAAAGUGAAACCACCAUGCUAAUUUAUAUGUACUAGCAUGUGCCUUAUUAAUAGAAAGCUCCUCUUUUUAUUGUCUUAUUAAUGCAGGGGUGGGGAACCUAAUGUAUGUUCCACAAGAGUAUUUCAUCUGGCCAGCCAUGCAAUGCUAAAUACAUAAUAAAAGGACGGAAAAUAUUUGGCACGAAAAGCUCAUCCUGUAAUUGACUGGAAAUAAAUUCAAGUAUUAUUCGCCCAAAGUAAGCCGAGAUGGGCUCCAACACACCGCAACUCUCAAAAGGGUAAGCGACAUGGCAAAUGGCCCCAGCAGGGAAUGAUUCCUCACCUGUAUUAAAUGCUUUCCUGUGUUUUUUUUUUUUUUUUCUUUUGGUUGUUGUUUUUUAAUGGGGGGUAGAUGUCUCGCUGUUCUUGAUUUGUACAUAACCGUGAAAUGUGUUCAUUUUGAUUGAUUGUGCAAGUGUCUUAUUACACUUGACCUGCUGGACAACAACCAUCAGUUAGGAAAUCAUUGCCCUCACAGAGCAACGGAAGACGCGAGCAGCACACGCCACUUUUUCCUUAAAAUAAGAAUAGAGAGAGAACGCACACCACGCCAAGAGAAAAGAACCACGCCAAGAUUUUUCUGCAAUCAACGUUGCUUCAUUUCAAAAUGAGAAGUGGGUUGGCCAAUUUGUUUUAAUACUUAUGUUCCUCUCUGACUGCUGAUGAAUAAUGUUUGCCUUUAACUUGACAAAGAUGUGUCAUGUGUUACAUAUGUUGGAACUGAAUGGCAUCGAGUGUAAUGGAUAUUAGUAGUUAACGUGACAAUACAGAACAUGAUGCUUGUAACAUCUGCCACUCUUGCUGUGUGUUUCAAUCGAGUCAAUCAUCAUUGCCCUUCUAAAACCUAAUGUGGACAUUCUUUCGUCUGCUAAAAAGAUCAAUGAUGCCUGCAUACUCAGUCACAACUAUUCUACCAUCAACUUUCAAAUUUAACAAAGGUGAGUAGACCCAGUGAUACUGAGGCUGGUUAAAUCUCAAAUUUUUAAAUCUACUAUUCUAAGGCCAGUUACCAAUGUGAAGCCUUCACCAG